AUGGCAUCAAAAAGUCCCCCCGGUGGAGACAGCCUCCUCUCCUUUGCAAAGAUCGCCGCUAUGCCCGCACCCCUCAACCCCAAAUCCUCUUCGGUAUCUGAUGAUAACGAAAAUUCCCCGCCAGCAGAACACUCCUCUUCCUCGGAAAUCAAUGGCUCCAGCCCUCCUUUAUCCAACCACCACAAUCUAGAUAAAACGCCAGAGGCCUAUUCCAUCGAUCUAGCUGUGGACGACCUAGGCAGAGGAGUCCAAGAUAUAGGCCUCACCUUGAAAAGACAUACCGAGAGCUCAGAUUCUUUGCUUGAUCGUCAUGAUAACAGCUUGCUCAAGCGGGAGAACUCAUUUGAAGAUGAUCGAACCCAUCUUUCUACAUCAUCUACCAAAAUGACCAAUUUCGAUUCCAAGAGUCUUGCCUCUGUAACCACAUUUGCAAUGGAUGAAAAAGACUCUGUGCGACCUGAUGAUAGUGCUAGCGUUCAAGCUAUUGACGAAGACGAGUCACUUUCUGGACUUGCCUCUGGCGCGCCAAACUCCGUCGCAGGUUCUGAAGCCGACAGUCGUGUGUUUCGUGAUCAAUUCCGGGAUGGCAUCCCUACACGCCCACGUGGUAUUUUGCCUAUUUCCGGUCCUUUGUUCAAUGGUUCUCAGCCAGUCAAUGGAAUAAUUUCUCCUGAUUCAGUCGCAAACAAUUUUGUGAUACCAGCCAAUCCUGAUAGCGUUCAGGAUGGUCAGAAUCUACACGGGUUUCCUCUCGAGCCUGACGAGAAGCUUCUAGAGGCAAUGAAAUCACCUAAAGAUCGGUUGUUGAUCCUUCAGCUAGAAGAGAAGAUUCGGUAUUUCAUCAAGGAAUGCACUGAGCAAUCCUUGGAGCUCCCUCCUUCCAACGCAUUUGGGCGCCUUCUUGCCCAUAAGCUUGGAGACUACUACCAUUUGACGCAUUUUGUCGACAACAAUGUGACAUCAGUCAGACUUCACCGAACGCCGUUCUGCCGACUGCCGACUCCUUUGUCUGCUGUGCAUGCGGCCACAAAUACCACCCCACCUCCAAUUGUUCCGGCCAUGAAGAUUAUGCGGCGAAAUGAUGGAGGCCAAUUCGACGAAAGCGUGGGAGGAUCCUCCAACCCUUCCAAAGCCAAUUCAGAGACAGGUGACAGUGGACCAGAUGGAGAACGUAAUGGCUCUUCGUCGGGCGCUACCCCUGCUAAAGAUCGAAUGGCAUUGACACGAGAGGAACGUGAGGCAAAAUAUCACCAAGUUCGUGAGCGAAUCUUCCGUGAUUUCCCCGACUCUGCCAAAACCGAGCCUGCCACUGGUGAUCCAAAUGACAUAUCACGCUCCAGUUCCACCAACGGCCGCAAAAAACCCCAGAAACAGCGAACACCUGUUGAUGACAGCUUUGAGGUGCGCUCGCAGUUUAAUGCCUACUACCCUGGGACGAAAUACGGCAAUGGCCAUGCUCCAUACAAUGCUCCCAUGAACGAUAAUCCAUACUCAAAUCAAGUACCCUAUUUGGUCGGACCUGGUGUGCCGCCGCCGUCUAGUGGGUACAUGUCAACAGGUCAAACCGGUGCCAUGUAUUCGGGACAAAUGUCAAUGAACAGCGCGCCCCAAUAUCCAGUUGUAAUGUCGCCUCAGAUGCCAUCCAAUGGCUCGUGGCAAAAUGGUAACAUGCCGCAACAAUCGCCUUAUCAUGGAUACGCGUCGAUGAACCAGCCGGGGAUGAUGAACCAGCCGUCUUCGAACGCGUCCUCGCCGGCAAUGAGUAACUACGCUGUGCCCAAUGCUGCGCCAUACACGCAAAAUCUCAACUGGAAUUCGACACCUUACCCCACAAAUUUCCAGCAGUCCCCGCAACAGCAGCGAAAUGGACCUCCCGUCCAUUGGCCCAACUAUCCCCAACAACCCAUGCCGUCUAACAUGCAGCCCAACAUGGGCGGAUAUCCUUACACGCCAUACUCCGGUCAGCAUAUGAACCCUGCUUUCCAAAACUCUGCUGCACAUCAUUCGAUGCAGCCAGGAUAUCCCCGGUCACAUUUCAACCCUCAGACGCGCUCAUUCGUCCCUGGUGGGGUUCCUCUUGGGCACCACCCGAGCAAAGGUCCUCAACAUCCGACCCAACAAUAUAGCAACAUGCAGUCUGGGGUCCAACCCGGGUGGAACGCUUAUCCUGAAGCUGUCUCACACCGACCCAUGGACCCUAACCCGGCCAUGAUCCCUAACCGGUUGCCCACCGGUCCCCGGGACUCAAUCGCGAAGUGGGGUACCCCAUCUCACCUUCCUCCCAAACCCCCGCCAUCCGAGGUCCCUUCUGAAUUUGAUCUGAAGAACCGACCCAUCCCAGCAUCAGUUCCUGUGCCGCCAUACGCCAGCAACGGGGUCGCAAACGGACCUCUCGUGAUCUCUGGAGGUGUGGCUCUUUCAAAACAAAACUAA